AUGACGGGGCCGGGUGAAAUCCAGCAGGAAGCCCGACCCCUGACGACCCCGAUCUUCGAAACCAAAACCAACACCAGAGUAGGUACCUGGAACGUGCGCACACUGUUCCAGGGUGGGCGCAUGGACCAGGUGCUGAAGACUAUGAGGGACUAUCGCCUGGACAUCUUAGGCUUUAGUGAAAUGAGGAUGACUGGGCAGGGGUGCCUCGUGAUUGAUGGAGCAACUGUUCUUUUCUCUGGGAAGCAAGACCACCAUACCCAUGGAGUCGGGGUCAUCCUUUCCAACUGUGAGGUGCAAGCGCUAGUGGGAUGGAAACCGGUGAAUGAGCGCAUCAUCACAGCAAGGCUCUAUACUAGACAUGCCAAAGUCACCAUCGUGCAAGUCUAUGCCCCAACCGAGGCUCCCUCAGAAGAGGACAAGGAUGCCUUCUACAGCCAGCACCAAGCCGUGCUUGAUGAGAUUCCCAGCUACGACAUCAAGAUGCUGAUUGGAGACCUAAAUGCGAAAGUGGAUGGCGACAGAAGGGGCCUUAAUGCCACAGUGGGACCACACGGGUCUGCAAGCUCUACCAAUGACAACGGGGAGAGACUGUUGAUGCUAGCCAGCACAAACGGCCUCAGCAUUGGCAACACAUUUUUCAUGCACAAACAGAUCCAUAAGAUGACAUGGGUUUCACCUGGAGGCGGAACCCGAAAUGAGCUGGACAACAUAUGCAUAAACACAAGAUGGCGUUCGUCACUGCUAGACGUUCGUGCACACAGGGGUGCAGAUGUAGGCUCAGAUCACUUUCUUGUGGUGGGUAAAAUCAGGCUGUUCAGGGGGUUAUAUGUGCUGCUCCAACGCCUAAAAGACGAGGUAGAUAACAUCUUAAGGGAGGAGCAAGCCGGCUUCCGAAAGGGAAGGUCCUGCGCGGAACAGAUCUUCACUCUUCGCAACAUCAUAGAACAGUGCCAAGAACUCCAGACACCCCUCAUCAUCAAUUACAUCGAUUUCAAGAAAGCCUUCGACAGCAUCCACCGGGAAUCACUGUGGCAGAUCCUCCAGCUAUACGGUAUACCCUCAAAGUACGUCAACAUCUUCAGAGCCCUGUACCACAACUCCACCUGUCGAGUGAAAACCACCAACAGGACAACCGACGACUUUGACAUUGUGACCGGGCCCCAAAUGAAGGGCUCAGGAUCAAGAUGGCAUAUACCACCAAAGAUAGUUGACAACAACCAGGCCAAGAUCCUGUGGGACUUUCAGAUCCAGGUCUGA